GAAGACGAACCCUUGGCACCGUUCAGCGUUUUAAAGGUCUUCGACCUGAUAGGUUCUUUUUUCUAUUUCUUCAUUCUAUAAAAUCCCUAAUUCGUUUCUCUCUGAAACUUUCCCCUCUUUUCCUAUCUUCAACAAUUUUGAUGGCGAUUUCAUGCUUCUAUAAUUCAUCCAACUGCUUCACCACUCUCGUUUCAAUUCCUUUAGAUUCUCUUCGUCUUUUCUUUCCGAAGCUUUUUCCUUCUUCGAUUUUUACGAACCCUUGUAGUUCUAAUUAACGUCAAUUGGUGGGACGAGCCGAGCCGCCGUGAUCUUUACAAAUGGGAAGACGUAAAUCUCAGCGUAAAAAUUCUCCUGCGGUGGAUAGCGACGACGACAGUAGUGUGAGUUCAUCAUCGACUAUGCGGUCCGAUCGUAUGUCUGUUGUAGGGACUGAAGAUAUUCAAUUUGACAAAGAUUCUUUACUUGAUCUAGCUCUUGAUGCUUUAUAUGAGAAGAGGGGUUCCACAAGAGAGAAAGCGCUGUCAUCAAUUAUAGAAAAUUUCAGCAACAAUUUGCAACAUCAGUUUGUGGAAAAGAAGUUUGCUACCCUGCUUCAUCAGUGUCUGAAUUCUAUCAAAAAGGGUUCCAGCAAGGAAAUAUCAUUGGCUUCUCAUGCAAUUGGAUUAUUGGCUUUAACUGUGGGUUAUGGCGACAAUGCUCGGGAAAUAUUGUCAGAAUCAGUUCCCUCCAUUUCUCAAGCUCUUAAAUCUGGCCCAGAGUCCUCAAAGAUAUCGCUGCUCGAAUGCUUGGCAAUUAUCACUUUUGUUGGUGGGAAUGACCUGGAGGAAACUGAACGAUCAUUGCAGCUCAUGUGGCAAGUUGUCAAUCCUAAACUAGGACCAAAUGUAGUCGCGGUCAGGCAAUCAGCAGCUGUCAUAACAGCCGUGGUGUCUGCAUGGUCCUUUGUCCUUACAACUACGGAUGCGUUGAAGCUUAAUUCCAAAGAUUGGCAAGAGUCAAUUUCAUAUUUAUCAAGUCUCCUGGACAAGGAGGACCGUGCUGUACGCAUUGCUGCUGGUGAAGCACUUGCAUUGGUUUUUGAGAUGGGCGUUUUGGAGAAGUUUUCUGCUGAAGCUAAAGGAUUGACUGACGGCUCCGUCCUAGAGGGAAGUAAACUGCGGGAUUGGUAUGUACAUAUACAGGGAUUGAAGGGAAAAAUCUUGAAUCAAGUGAAAAGCCUCUCGGUGGAAGCUGGUGGUAAGGGUUCUGCUAAAAAAGAUCUCAACUUCCAACGGAAUACAUUUCGAGAUAUUUUGGAGUUUCUCGAGGAUGGCUAUUGUCCUGAAACUUCAAUUAAGAUUGGAGGAGAUUUGUUGCAGACUUCAACGUGGUCCAAACUGAUUCAGUUGAACUUCUUGAAGCACUAUCUUGGAGGAGGAUUUGUUAAGCACAUGCAGGAGAAUGAAUUCCUCCAUGAUGUCUUUGGGUUCACUCCAAAGAAAAAAUUUCUCUUGGACGGCGAACAUCGAAUAUCAAGUGCAGAAAAGAGGAUGUUCAAGUCACCAAAUUCAUUUGCUAAUAAGGCAAGGACUCAGCUACGGCAGAAACAUUGGGCAUUAUGCAAUAAAUGUGGGCGACUGAGAAUUGUAGAAUUUAUUUAUUGCGACUUGAAUUAGAUAUUGAAGAGGUGCUGUUAAAGGCCUGAUGCGAGCCUCCAACACACUUCUGUUAAGACAAUUGUAUUUCAGAGAUUGUAAAAUAGUAGGAACCAAAUUUACUCGCAGUUCAGAUUCGGGCUGUCAAUUUCGAAUUAUGGUGCAGCCCAUGAUUCAUAAGUGCUGGCGAUUCACAUUUAAAUUCGGUUUAGCACGUAACUUACUAUUUUUAGACUGACGUGCCAUUUCAUAAAUUUGGGCCCAUGUCAUUCUAUAAGAGGGGCUAUUGCCCUCUAUGACUGACUAAUAGACAUUUUCUAUACAAGCACUCUCUUUAGUCAUA